GACCAGCUGUUUAGUCUAUGUUUUUUUAGACUGGUGCUAGUCGAUCAACACGUGGGGAGGAGAGACUGACUUUCCACAGGGACACGUUUGAAAAACUCACAUUAAUAGUAUUGCUUUCAUCGUGGCGGCACCGAGGACCCUAAAAUACUGUGUAGCUGUUAGUGUCCUGAGGAAAUGCCGCUAAAGUUUCGUUCUGUCGUGCCCUACACACUGCCUGGAGUCCUGGCACUGAUCGGCUGGUGGUGGUACAUCUCACGGAAGAAAGAGCGGCUCAUCAGCCAUGACAGCCCAGAGGGGGCUCCAACCGCUAUGGGCCUUAGAACAUCUCCAGCAGAGGGUAGCAACGGUUUGGUUGAGAAAGGCACUGUAUCCCCCACAAAUGACACAGAAAGCCCCACCCACAUACCUCUAAUGGUCAGUAACCAGAGACCAGAACAUGAAAAUAUUUCCCAGAUCCAAGUCCAGGACACUGAAGCAGCACCUUUACUGGAACAAAGUUCUGAAGAAUCUGCUGCUCAUCUUGGGAGAUUAAGACCAGAGGAAGUCCAUAAACCCCCAUUCUGGAACCUACCAUCACCUGGCAAAGAAGACAGCCUGCAGGUGUCAGUGAAAGACCAUAAAGACCCAGAGAAAAGUGCAUCACCUGCCUUGGUAAAAGAGCUGGAGAAAGAUCCAGCCAUAGUAGAAGAUGACAUCUUGUCUACCAAAGUCAGCAGCUCCUCCCUUCCAACAGCACACCUUCCUGAUGCAGAGAGGCCUGAGCCAGAGGGGGAAGUUGCAAAGCACCACAGCACUGUUAAUACACAAGAUGAGAUGGUUGUUUGUGCAGUCACCCCAGCCAAAAUGCAGAGAGUGACCCCUUCAGAGGCUGACUCUCUAGAGACCCCCCCUUCAGUGCAGGACUUCCACCAACACAUUCUAACCAGCACGCCCACCUUCCCUGCCCUGGCUCCGGCCACCACAGCCCUGACCACGGUCCAAGACUCCACUACCAAAUCAGUGACCCCAGAGGACAUCCAAGUACACAGUGGCAGUGCAGAGGAGCAAGAUCUGGAGCUUCUGGCAUCUGGACUCAUAACUGAGGUCAUCUCGGCAGCCACCCAGGAGGUCCUUGCUGUCACCAGCUGCCAGGUCACAGGCAACAGCCACUCCAGCUGCAGUAGCAGCACACCGCUGGGUAGUGGAAGACUAUUCUCCCAACAGGAGCCAAUCACAGCAGCACAGCAGAACCACCAUCUACUGACAAGCCCCUCUCAGAUAGGCUGUGGAUCUAGAGACGCAACAGAGAAGGAAGGGCAAGGGAUGCCUAACGGAUGCUCCUCAACUCCAGUAUGGGAGCCUGUUGAGGUCAGUCACAGGGUUUAUCAGACAAACAGUGCACAGAGAGGCCAUUGGCCAACACCAUCACACCCAGCAGCACAAAGUGCCCCUUUGCUAAACACGAAACUGAAAAGUGAUGAAGCAGCCGUGCUGGCUGAGGACUCAGCCUGCAGCACAUGCCACUCUGAGGAUGGCAUCAGCAGUGAGGACCUCCAGAACAGCAUGUUUGACAACCAAAUGGAUGUGAUCCAGGUUACAGACUUGUCAGCAAAAGAAGCCACACAGCCUCAGUCAUUGGUUGAGACCGCCACAGAGGCAAUGAUUUUGGCCGAAACUGAAGAAAACUCGGUGGAUUCUGUAUGUGAGAUAAAAAGGCUCAAUGGAAUGGGCUUGAGGAAUGGCGCUCAUGGGACAUGUGAGGGGGAGACAGACCAGUCUGGAGGCUCUGAUGUAAACAGUAUGGACUCAGUGGACAGUGGCUGCACUAUGGGUGCUGGAGAAAGCCAGAGCAACCACGCUGCCUCCUUGAGCUCUGAGCUCAUCAUCUGGGAAAUUGAGGUGCCAAAGCAUCUUGUAGGGCGGUUAAUAGGGAAACAAGGGAGAUAUGUGAGUUUCCUGAAGCAGAAUUCUGGCGCGAAGAUCUACAUCUCCACUCUGCCUUACACACAGGAGUUCCAGAUCUGUCACGUAGAGGGUACACAGCAGCAGGUUGACAAAGCCCUGUCCUUGAUUGGGAAGAAGUUUAAGGAUCUGGACUUGACCAACCUUUAUGCACCUCCGCCACCUCCGCUCACAUUGCCAUCACUUCCCAUGACCUCCUGGCUUCUGCUCCCCAGCGGAGUGACAGUCGAAGUGAUAGUGGUGAACAUCGUGUCGGCUGGCCACGUCUUUGUCCAGCAGCACACCCACCCCACCUACCAUGCUCUGAGAAGCCUCGACCAGCAGAUGUUCCUCUGCUACUCCCAGCCAGGCACUCCUGCUCUGCCCUCACCCGCUGAAGUUGGUGUGAUCUGUGCAGCUCCAGCUGUGGAAGGAGCCUGGUGGAGAGCUCAGGUUAUCACCUUCUAUAAAGAAACAAAUGAAGUGGAGAUUAGAUAUGUUGAUUAUGGCGGCUACGACAGAGUGAAGAUCGACUCACUACGACAAAUAAGGUGAUAUCAGUGAACCGUACGCUGGUGGAGAGGGGCCUGGGUGUUUGGGUGGAUGGAUUUUGAAUUCAGUGCUCUGACCUCCACCCCCCACCCACCCCCUUUAUUCUCUUGUGAUCAGCAGUCUGGGACCCUGGGGUCCUAGCCCCACCAGAUAUACCACUGGAUCUAAGAAGAUUGUUUUUCCUUUCUUUUCUUUUUUUUUUUGUUGUUGUCCCCUCCUCCCCUCCCCUUCCCCUUAAAAUAAAUUAAAAAAUUAUAUGCAGGCAUAAUCUACAAGAACACAGCACUGCUUCAGAAUAAGACAACCUUCCCAUCUUGUUCUUGUACACAAAAAGAACUGCAAGAAGGAAAAGAAGAGGUACUUGUACAAUUUUUAAAAAAGAUCUAUAUUGUAACUAAAUAAAGGUUCAACCAAUAUUUUUUUUCCUCCCCCAUCCCACCAUCAUUUUUGAUCUGGGCCUUUGCUCACUGUCUGUGGAUCAUCACGCUGUGUGGACGGACAGACACCUCCAUCAGUCUGUAGACAAACGGUUUUGGGUUUGAGUCGUCUGUAGGCCUGAACAUUUUGAUUUAGCAGAUUUCUUGUCUGGAUAGGAUGUGUGGGGCAGACAGGCUACAGAGACUGAAGGGUGAUGGCACAACAAAAAGCAGAGCAGGUCAGAGGGUGGUCCCUGGUGGAACACCGAGCACACAGUUGGUCUGCCACGUGGCCUCAGGAGACAUGGACUUCUCUGGGGUCACCAUCCAGAGCUGCUGCUGCUGCCCCUCUAACUAGGACAGAGGAGCGAGGCAGUUGCCUCUCUGCUCUACUUUUCUCCCCACCAACUUGCACUGAGAAGCCAGGAGUCUCUGGUAGGAGUCCUACCAGACAAAGGGCUGCCAAGUUCGGACGGAUUUCUUUAACUCAGUAUUUCCAAGAGGCAUUGGCAACAUACGGCUGAAGAUACAGACAAUAAUGUAGGCACUAUUUAUAAUCCUCAACUGACAUAUGUUCUGUUUUUAUAAACUGACACAAAAGUUCCGCUCUGAUUUUGUUAUAGCACCUCCAAAUCCCCAAAUUUAGGGCAUUUCACACCUGAAAGUCUGAACCAAGGUGCACGUUUUUGUUAUAUUGUAUACAUUUGAUCCAGUUAGUUUUAGUUCACAUUGCAAUUAUGCAAGCACACUAAAGAAAUAUACAUGACAUACAUCAUGUCGUCAUCACCAACGUGAGCUGCUUUACCUGCAGUUGAUUGGUUUGUAGACGAGAGUGCAUCUGAUGUCAGGGUGUUAUCAAUUCAGCAGUUAGCCUUCUAUUGCAGUUUAAAUGAAUGUAGAAACAUAAAUGAACAGAUUAAUUUAGUUUCAACUAUAAUACUAUUGCAUUUAGGCAUGGGACAAUACGAAAAUUUCAGGUCACAAUUAUCCUAUUUGCUUUGACAAAUGUAAAAAAAAUACUGGAAUCCCUGUUUUAUAUAUACAUAUACAUACAUACGUAUGUAUAUAUGUUUGGCUUCACAGAUAGGCCCCCCAUCUCCCUGUUGAUCUUUAGUUUGGAAUCCAUAGUAUUUCCACACAACUGAUUUCACUUUUUUGUUAGGGUUACGCAAGCCAAGCAGGACUCCCAAUUGUGACAAUUCAAAAAUAAAUUUGGAAAUCAAGACUGUACGCUCGCAAGCUAGAUAGAUCCCAAUGCACAAUUAUCCCAAUAAUCCAAAGUCACCAUGAUAUACUAAUGAGUAUUAUGAGGGUAUCGCAAUAUGCAGUAAUGUAGAUCGUCCCAUCCCUAAGUGCAUUACUAACAGCAGUACUACCUUCAAGCGCAAUACUCAAGACUCUUUUUGACUUCUGUGGCUCAUUUUGUUUUGGUGCAUUGUUUUUCCUAUUUUUGACUCUGCUGAUAGCCUGCCUCAACUUCCUGUUAUUGGUCCAAAAGUCCGAACUUUCAACUUUACCAAAAAUGUUUUCACACUAGAAACAAACUGAACCAUGGUUCACUCUGAUCCGGACCCACGUUCGGCUGUUUGUUUAUGUUGGUUCGGAUCAAACCAGUAAGGUUUGUGUGGAAGGGCCCUUAGUGUCCCCAAAGUCCUGAAAGAUUAAUUAAUUUUUUUAAAUAAAUACAAAAUGGACAGGAUCAGGAACUCCAUGUUUUUAAGGGCGCCAUAACAGAAUCAGAGUGCAUUUUUGAAUCUUAUAAAAUACUUAACAAAUGGUUAAACAUCUAAAACUGAAGGAAAACAAAGCUGCUAGAGGUCUUCACUGGUGUAACAUUACCUAUAUGUGUCUCAUGGGUGUCCUCUGGUUUAAUAACUCCAAAGACAUCUGUAUGUUCUGAGCUGUGUGCUGUCUUUAAUACCCUGUCAGUGAUUCAUGUGCUGUGGACUGUGUAAGGGCAAUAUGGGUUGCUGAUGUUAUCCUGAAGCUCUGUGAGGACUUGAAGCCAUGAGGGAGCCACUACAAACUGACAUGAGAAGGAAACACUACAAAAGAUUUAGAUUGCAGUGCUGCUCUUCACCUAAUGUUAACUGUUGAUCUGAAUUGAGUUAGUGUCAUUAGUGUGCAUGGUAAACCAGCCCAGGAGCGCCUCUGUAUGUGCUCCUCACUGUGUUGACAUUCGUGAUAAACUGAAGUCUCGGUGGUCCAUCACCUGUUGCCCUGUGUGUUAAAUUGUGAUGCAUUACAGAGCACAGCCUUGUUCUUCAUAUGUGGAGUUAACUUUCUACACUUUUUUACUUUAUUUGCAUCUAUUGUAAUAGCAACUCCAGAUCUGAGAAAUGUUGAUAUAAUUCUGGUUUCAGGGGGCUGUAUCAUGAAGCAAGUACUUAGUCUGGCUCUCAUUGGGGAUCCCUGUCUUCACUAUGCCUAACACGGUAUCACACAGCUGGUCAUCUACUGGCUCUGUUAAUUCUGAGUCUUCCAUUCUGGCUGUGUUCAUGUGAAAGAGGCAGAGUUGGUAAUUACAAACAUCUAAACCAUGAGUGCAGUACUUAAUCUGACACAAGAUGAAGCGUUAGGAGGUUGGAAAUGUAUAUUAUAUUAACACACAAUUUCAAAAAUACGAAAGUACAGUAAUUGAUAUAAAUAGGUGUAAGAAUUGUUUUUAAUUGGGUUUGUCUUGUAUCUCAAGUACUUUGUUCCAAGUUGAACAUAAUUUGACACCUCGUGAGGUUCUGACCAAAAUGUUGCAUUUAUUAUUCAGUGGGAGUGAAUAAAAGCUGCAGUAGGUAACUUUAUAAAAUAAAAUAAAAAAAAGCUUUUUUGUUGAAACUUUGACUAUAUCCUGACCAUAGUACAGACAGAAAAUCUGUGAAAAAAUCGGGUUCCUCUGGCUCUACCUAGUCCUAAUGGCAUUUGCGAGACUCCACCGGGCCUGAACGAAAACAACCAAUCAGAGCAGAGAAAGAUAAUUGACCCCCUGGGAAUGAGGCUCAACAAUCUGUCAUGUAUUACUGUCAGGAUAUAAUGAAAAUUAUAGCAAAUUUGACUUGUGAAUUAUUUUAAUAAAUGUUACCUACUGUAGCUUUAACUGUGUGGAUUUAUUUUUCCAACAAGAAACAACAGACUUCAAAAAGCAGUGUAAAGACAUUGAUACUAUAAAGAAUGGCAAUAUAAUUACUGUUCAUUAUAAGGUAUUUAGUGUAGUGAAGUAUCUCCUUUGGGUUUAUAAUAGUUCUAACAGAGUGGACACCUGGAACCACAAAGUGAUUCUACUGUUCUAGUAUUUGUUGCUGUUGCCAUGGUAAUCAACCUUGGUUAAAAGUGAGCUAGCUUUGGGAUACAGGAACGAGAUCAAGGCAAGGCAAAAGGUAGCCAGCUAACCCCCAAUCUCACUUUGUGAUACAAGCCCCAGAUGGCAACAUUUUUGUGAUAAAGAUUCCUCAUGGUGUUCUCACUGGUUCUCACCCCCGUAAUGUGUCGUUAUUCCACAAUAACACCAGUUUAGCCUGAGCAUCGUUUCAGGCUACUGCAUGGCUUUAGUGAACAAACCUGGAUUAAACUGUCAUAAAGCCAACUCCAAGCCAGAUAAAUUGAAACGUGAGAACAAAGACAUGUAAAGAGAAAACUGAUAUAGGAACUUAAGGGAAGCUAAGUAAGCCUGAGAAUGACUAGACCGAAGGACUAAGUUUCCAUGAUAACUUUUAUUAUUUAAACCUAGUCUAUUAAACUGUAUUUAAGUAAUCCUGUUAUUACCUGAUAAUCUUGCUGAUGAAACACCCCUUUGGAUCAGUUAAACCACAUCUGAAGAACAGGGCUGUGUUGAGCUGGGAGAACCACCGUACUACAACAUGCUGCAACAGCAUUUUUACCUUCGACUUUCAGUUCAAUGUGCAAAUGAUUGUGUCUCAUCACUGUAGUAUAGAUUUUAUUUUUUUUGCAUAUGUUGAUUCAUAAUGUUAUCCAGUGUCAUACCUUCCCUGUGUUUGCACUGAUGGGGCUGAAUGAACCCUGUACAGGAUUGUAAUUCAAAAUAACAUGAACUCCAUGUGUUUCAGAUUUUUUAUUGAGUCUUCAAUGGGAAUGAAAUCACUGUUACUCUAGCAAUAAGGCAGCUUUAUUUUGACAAAUUGAAGGACAUAAUGGGGGAAAGGUUGGGCUUUACGUGUUUGACACAACUACGAACUAGGAAAGUUAACUGCAUAACAGCUGUCAGCAUAACACUUUAAAAACUCAAUAAUACAUAACUUCAAUAAUGUAUCUCAGGAAUGGUUAAUUUGGUGUUUGGUUACUGAAUCAACAUGUUUUAGGGUUGCUGAUGGAGGAAAUGGGUAUCAAAUCCAGAUGGUUAGGAUGUUGGGCAUUGUGACAAUGAAUUACAUACAAGACUUGUUUGAGUUGUGGUCCACGCGUUGGUGCUGGAAUCGGAGCAGUAGCCAUAUUGUCUGUCGUUGGCUUGUGUGCAUCCUUACUCUGUUUUACAUGAACUGUCUGUCCCUUCUUUUUUUAAUCUAGAUUAAAUAUGACAUACUUGUACCCCCCCCCCCGACAACAACCCAGAGACCCUCACCACACCUUAAAAAAAUCUGUUUGAUCAAACUAGAAUUUUGUUAAUUUCUCUGUAAAUAAGAUAUUUGACUGUACUUUUCUAUAACACUGGAGAGAGACAUAUAAAGGGAACAUCUUUUUUUUCUGUUUGGAUUGUUCUGGUUCAUCCUGCCUCCCCUCUUUCUGAGUCACUCAAUGUUCUCAAGCUGUGGGACUGAUUUUUAAGUGUUUGCAUAGUUAGACAAGUCAUAAUUUGAUUAUUUAAAUGGGUGUUAAGCUCUUGUGCCCAAAAGCAUUUAACGUGUACAGAUCGAUUUUUGCUAGGCUCAGCUUAAGUUUGAUUUGUUGAUUGUACAGAUCUAUUAGGGGGAAAAAUAAAAGUUAUUGAAAGUGUU